GACCUUUUACUUAGGUACAACUAAUUCCGAUUUCGUUUACUGCCUAAGGUUAUGGUUUUCUUCACGUCUUCGGCUGCAGACGAUGGAGACAGUGGAGUUUUUAUUGGAGCAAUGUCGGGUUUACCUCAGUCAAGGGAGGAUUGCUCUUCCGAAUUUCCCCCAGACUGGGCAGACGAUGCACGCAUGGCUUUCCUUUUUUCGGCUUUCAAAGAGAAUAGGGAUGUCGACCCUACAGACUGGGAUGGUAAAAUGGACUUCUGGACACCACUUAUUGUAGACCACUGCAGACGUCGUGGAGCUGUCUGCGUAAUUUUGCACGAACUGAACGAAAGUCUUCGCAGAAAAGGCAGCGCACCCCUUGGUCUGGGAACUGUUCUUCUGUCCAUGUACAGGAAUGGAAAAGUGCAGAAGGAAUCAGAGUUUGCUGCAAAUGUGGAUUCUGGCUGGCUGUCGUGGGGAGUUGGCCUUUUGCUUGUUAAGCCACUGAAGUGGACAUUGUCCACUCUUUUGGGCAGUGGCCGUGUGCCCCUAGAAGAGUCUUUCGUCGUGAUUGAGUUGGUCAAGGAGAGGGCAGUGAAGCUGCUGGAGACAUAUCGGUCCUCCCCACUGGCAGACAGGUGCCUGCUGUCCUUUCAGGAUGUGAGAACACUGGCCUCUCAUGUCUGUCCUGAUGAGUCCACUCUGUGCUUGGCUCUGCUUCAGCUGCAGAGAGACAAGCAGGUGACCGUGUCUCUUCACGAAGGCGAAAAACUAGUGAAGUUCUCCCAGCCAGCUCAAGGUCGUGUGAGUCCUGUCAGUGAUGUGGACCUGGGGAUCUUUCAGCUGCAACGCAGCGAGAAGCUGCUGGGAGAGAGAGUGGAAGCACUGGGCAAGGAGGCAGAGAAAUGCAGAGAGGAGGCCAAGGCUCUUCUCAGUGAGGGGAAGAAAUCUCAGCCAUAA